UAGUGUUAUUGUAGGGGCCCGAAGCACCACCCGAAGCACCACGAGACCUCACCCCGGUAGAAGCAAAUAGGCCCGUCCUGCCUUUCGCGCCCUUUCAUCCCAACGGAGGGGGAUAAGGAGGCUAGAAAUAUUGAGGGAGGCAAAUUUCCCAGAGACCUCAUGGCGAGGGACACCGCGCAAACUCCGAUCAUCCCUCGUCUCCGGUUGCUCCAGGGCGCCGCCAGCUAUUCCUCCGACUUCACCGCCCCCUCGCUGUCUGCGCCCUUCAAGCUUGACGAGGGUUACUCCGAUGAAACCAAAAGCCAGCCCGACAAGGAGUUCCUGAACCCGUCCCCGGAUGAUGUGAUGCCGCUCCCCGACUGGGUUCAUGCUUAUGGCGAGGCCGAGAGAGCCGAGCUAGCCUACAAUCUUUUACGGACCUUGCGUACAUCCACUGUCGCCUCAGUGGUUGAACGACUGGCGCCUCUACUGCACAUGGACCCAGUGCUCAAGCUCCCUCCCGAAAUUACCUCCGAUAUCUUUUCCUACCUCGAUCCUCAGACGCUGUUGACCGCGUCCCUGGCAUCGCGCGCUUGGCGCAGCCGCAUCUUCGAUUCCCGCCUCUGGAGGGACUUGUAUAUCAGUGAGGGCUGGCGGGUCGACAUUGAUGCCGUUCGCACCUACGAACAGGAGCACUCGGGAUUAUCGUCUCCUCAACUUCGCAAAUCGCGGUUGAGAUAUGCAGAUCCGGAUCUCGGUGAACCGAAACAGAAGAAGCGCGUACCUCCCAGCUGGCUAGACUCUCGAACUACAGGAUCUCUGGAUAACAAUGAGGCGGUGCAGGGAAAUGGGCUGCAGGCCGUUGUAGAAGCAGAUACUGAAGGUGACCAUCCCAUGGGUGAUGCGUCGAACGAUCGAGGAACGCUGCUCUCUGCCGGACAACAAUCGCCAACUUCUAGCACUCAACGUGAUUCCCAGUCAGGAUCCGGCCAUUCCAAAUCAAACGUACAAACAAUAUCAACGACUUCGCGCCGCUCAAACUCAUCGCUGCUGAUCCGAAUGCCCAACGGCGCUGCCAAGAUCAAUUGGCCAUAUCUGUAUCAGCAACGGAGACGACUGGAAGACAACUGGGCCAAAGGUCGUUUCACGAACUUUCAACUUCCACACCCAUCCCAUAUGGAAGAAGCCCAUCAGGAAUGUGUGUAUGCGAUUCAGUUCUCCGGGAAAUGGUUGGUUAGUGGCAGUAGGGAUAAAACGAUUCGAGUAUGGGAUCUGGACACAAAGCGGCUCUGGCAUCCACCUCUCCAAGGUCACACCAAAUCGGUUCUCUGUCUUCAAUUUGAUCCUCGCCCAUCUGAGGACAUCAUCGUGUCAGGAAGCAGCGAUAAGAAUGUUAUAAUAUGGCGGUUUUCCACCGGAGAAAAACUGCACGAGAUUGCCCCGGCUCAUGACGACUCUGUUCUUAAUCUUCGAUUCGAUCAGCGGUACAUAGUGACCUGUUCGAAGGACAAACUCAUCAAGAUCUGGAACCGAAAUCAGCUCUCGCCAGCUGACAAGGACUAUCCCAAUGUUUUCCAGGGUUCAGGGGUCUCGUAUCCAUCGUACAUUGUCGACACGAGCGAGAUCCCCUCACCUGUACUCGAAGCCGAAAUCGCCAAGAACCACAUUCGAACCUUAUCGCCUUACUCGUUGUUAAUGAUCCUCGAAGGGCACACUGCCGCAGUCAACGCCAUUCAGAUUAACGAAGAUGAAGUUGUUUCCGCCUCGGGCGAUCGCUUGAUCAAGGUCUGGAACCUCCGCAAUGGCUCCUGCAGAAAGACCGUGAUAGGCCACGAAAAGGGCAUUGCGUGCGUUCAGUUUGACAGCAAACGUAUAAUCAGUGGAAGCAACGACGAUACAGUGCGCAUUUUCGACCACGCCUCCGGCGCCGAAGUAGCCUGCCUACAAGGACACGCCAACCUCGUCCGGACAGUCCAGGCUGGUUUCGGCGACCUCCCCGGGGCCGAAGAAACCUUACGAAUGGAAGCUCUUGCCGUCGACAACGAUUUCCGGGAUGCUCAGCGCUCCGGUGCCAACGUAGAUGUCGGCCCUCGUGCCCUUCGGCGUGCAGGGUAUCAGCAAAAUACCAACGGUUCCCGGAAUCCACGAGACAUCAAGGCCCUAGGGGCCAGGAUUCCUCCGGGCGGAGGCGGAAGUCAUUGGGGAAGGAUUGUCUCCGGCUCGUACGAUGAGACCAUCAUCAUCUGGAAAAAGGACAACGAAGGCCACUGGGUGGUGGGACAGAAACUCCGGCAGGCAGAAGCCGCUGCCAAUGCCUCAUACAGCAACCAAGAUGCCGCCGCACGAAACAAAAUGAUUGCACAGUCCAACGCCUUUGCCCAGCAGAUCCAAGCUGCCGCGGCGGCGGCAGCAGCAGCCGGAGGAGCACAACAGGGUCAGACGCAGGGCCCUGCCGGUCAGGGCCAAGGACAACAACAACCAUUACCAUCCCGUUGGCCUACAACGAAUGCCAAUCCGACCGAACAACAGCAAGGGGGCCCCGGCCUCAAGGACCUGCGAACCCCGCCGUAAACCCAUCCCUCCUUAUGACAGGCCAUCACGUCCAAAACCCAAUCACCGCCCAACAAGGCGCAAAUCGACCACCUCCCAUCAUGAACCCCGUCCUAGCGGCAGCGGCAGCAACGCAGCACCCCCAUCCCCGACUGAACCGGAUAGCCACUGCCCCAGCCCAGCCGCCCACCUCCAGAAUCUUCAAGCUUCAAUUCGACGCGCAGAAGAUCAUUUGCGCGAGUCAGGAUCCAAGAAUCGUCGGAUGGGAUUUCGCCGCUGAUGAUGAGGACCUAAGAGAAGCAUGUCAAUUCUUUACCGGCUUGUAAUUAAUGAUCAACCAUCAGCAUGUGUAGAAGUGAGGUAGAAGGCUUCUUCAUCCACCGGUUCAUGAAAGCAUUUUUAGUUUCAUUUCUCUCUCCUCUGCUUCAUUCCUUGCCUUCUUCUCCCCCCUUUCUUGAUAUAUUUUCUUAUGCAUUAGGGGCAAUUUUUCCCCCCUUCUCUUA